CGGAACUAAACACACGCACAUCCUGUCUCUCCACGUUGACUUACAUUGCCAAAGAUAACACGUAUUACUUAUCGCUGUGAUUAAAACGCAAAUUUAAGUCAUGGCGAACACCAAGCGGUCUAACAAGAGGAAGAAGUUCGAUUAUAAUAAAGACAGGAAGAACCUGAAGAGCAGGUCCAUAAAGAAAGCCAACCCGAGGAUAGAAAUGAAAGACAUUCGAAAUGCAUGGGACCAAAGGAAGUCCACAUCCACGAACCUGAGGGAGAUGGGGCUGUCAUUUGAUCCAAAUCGCAGUUUACCAAUCAAGAAAGAUGGUUUCUUUGGUCCAAGAAAAGAGACAAAAGCACCGGUCAACAUUGUGACCAAACCCUAUGUUGUCAACCGGUUGGAGCAGGAGGCCAGCCUGCCGGGCAAAGACACCAAGACGUUAUCUUCCGACUUGGUCGAGUAUGUUCAACAUAUGAUCCGAGAACACAAAGACAACUAUAAGGCAAUGGCCCGCGACGAGAAGAACUACUAUCAAGACACACCCAAACAGAUCAAGAGGAAAAUUAACGAGUACAAGCGCUGCCACUCUGCGCACUAUGACUCUUUCAUCAGCUCGCUCGUCUCCCCUGAGCCGACGAUCCAGUGAGGACAUUACAGACUCCACAAGUGAGAGUACAAACAUUUUUCGGAACGCUAAAUGGAUGAGAUCAUUGCUAAACUAGUCAGGAGUUACUGUCGGCGUCUGCUGCAGGCGUUAGCUUGAUGUGAAAUCACAAUUCCACAUAAGGACUGAGAAAUGUGUGUGUGGAGAACUAUAUUUAUGAAUUUUAUUACAGAUGAUUGUUGACAGCAAAACCUCCAGUAAAAAAAAAAAUACAUUAACCAAUAAGAGGUCCAUCAAAAUUAAAAGAAAAAAACUUUCACCGGUCACCAAUGACAAAAUAUGUCUGCUUCCCAAAA